CACAAUUUCAUAAUUUUGAGCACAUUCUCUAAAUUCCAUUUAUUUUUGUUCCACUCAGCCCACUACUAUCCUAUUUCCGGCCGCCGGUGCCGGCGCUGGUCCAAUGUUUUUCUCUUAAGAUAGGAAACAAUUUUACGAAAAGAAAGAAGAAUAUCCCGAAAAGAAGUUCGGCAUUAUGAAGAUGUCCACGGCGACAUCUGUGUGGUCGUUUGGGCGCCUUAAUUAUCAUUCGACGGCUGCUUCAAAUGUUGCUACGUUUUUCAACAAAUACGUAGAUAAGAGCAAUGUCUUCUCCUGGAACUCUGUCAUUGCCGAGCUUUCUAGGAGCGGAGAUUCAAUUGAGGCGCUUCGGGCCUUCUCUUCUAUGCGAAAGUUAUCUGUAACACCAAAUCGUUCUUCAUUUCCAUGUGCCAUAAAAUCGUGUGCUGCCCUUCGCGAUCUUUCUUCCGGCAGGCAGUUCCACCAGCAAGUUUUCAUCUUCGGGUAUGGGUCUGACCUUUUCGCUUCCUCGUCGCUAAUUGAUAUGUACUCCAAGUGUGGUGAGCUCAAAGACGCAAGAUUACUGUUCGAUGAAAUUCCUAAACGAAAUGUUGUUUGUUGGACGUCUAUGAUUACAGGGUACAUGCAAAGUGACCUUCCCCGUGAUGCUCUCUUUCUUUUCAAAGAACUGUUGGUUGAGGAAAGUGAGAGCCUGGGAGAGGAGGAAGUGUAUGUUGAUGCAGUAGCAUUGGUUUCAGUUCUAUCCGCUUGUUCUCUGGUUUCAGGGAAAACUAUAACGCAGGGGGUUCAUGGGUUUGCAAUGAAAAGGGGGCUUGAUGAGCAUUUGGGUGUAGGAAACACACUGAUUGAUGCUUACGCCAAGUGCAGUGAGGUGGGGUUGUCAAGGAAGGUGUUUGAUGAGAUGACUGAGAAGGAUGUCAUCUCUUGGAACUCAAUGAUCGCAGGUUAUGCACAAAGUGGGCUUUCCUCUGAAGCAAUAGAAACGUUUCAUUUGCUGGCGAGAGAUCAAGAAGUUAAAUUUAAUGCUGUCACAUUGUCCACCCUGCUAUUGGCAUGCGCACAUGCUGGAGCCCUCCAUUCUGGGAAGUGCAUACAUGAUCAGGUCAUAAAAAUGUGCUUGGAAGAUAAUGUAUAUGUCGGAACCUCAAUCAUUGACAUGUAUUGCAAAUGUGGCAGACUAGUGAUGGCUAGGAAGGCAUUCGAUCGUAUGAAAGAAAAGAAUGUGAAGUCGUGGUCUGCCAUGAUUGCUGGCUAUGGGAUGCAUGGCCGAGCUAAGGAAGCUCUUAAUGUCUUUUAUGAGAUGAACCAUGCUGGGGUGACUCCAAAUUACAUUACAUUUGUUUCGGUCUUAGCUGCUUGUGGCCAUGCUGGUUUGCUAAAUGAAGGAUGGCAUUGGUUUAGAGCCAUGGAACACAAAUUCCAUAUACUGCCUGGGCUGGAGCAUUAUAGUUGCAUGGUUGAUCUGCUUGGGCGUGCCGGUUAUCUCACAAAAGCAUAUAAUCUAAUCAAUGAAAUGAAGGUGAUACCAGAUUCUGUUGUUUGGGGUUCCCUUCUUGCUGCUUGCCGAAUGCACAAAAAUGUAGAGCUUGCAGAAAUUUCAGCCAAUAAAUUAUUUCAAAUAGACUCAACUAACUGUGGGUAUUACGUCUUGCUUUCACAUAUAUAUGCUGAUGCUGGAAGAUGGAAGGAUAUGGAAAGGAUGAGAAUUAUUAUGAGAAAUAAAGGGUUAACAAAAACUCCAGGGUUUAGUCUUGUUGAACUAAAAGGUCUCAUACAUGUAUUUCUGGUAGGAGAUAGACAACAUCAUCAACAUGAGAAGAUUUAUGCAUAUUUGAAUGAGUUGUCCAUAAAGUUGAAAGCCAUUGGCUACACACCAAACAUGACUUCGGUUCUUCAUGAUGUUGAUGAAGAGGAGAAAGGACUGGUUUUACAGGUUCACAGUGAGAAGUUGGCUGUUGCUUUUGGGAUAUUGAAUUCUAUCCCUGGUGCAACUGUCCACGUGAUUAAGAAUCUUAGGAUAUGUAGUGACUGUCAUACAACAGUUAAGCUCACAACCAAGAUUAUUGAUCGGCAAAUUGUUAUUAGAGACUCCAAACGAUUCCAUCAUUUCAAGGAUGGAUUAUGUUCAUGUGGGGACUACUGGUGAGGUGAUUAAAUUGGUUUUGAAUCAGAGGCAGAGGAGAACUUGUGGAACAUAUGCUGGUUCUUAUGAUGUUUUUUGGGCAGUUAAAUAAGUGCAUCAUGUUAGGCAAGUCAGCAAGUGAAAAUGAGUUGGCUUUAUAUGUGGGUGAGUAAGAGCAACCAAUAAAUUCAUUGGUGUUUUGCAUUCUGGUCCGUGCAUGCACAAACCAAAGCAGCGGGGUCUGCUACUUUUUAUGUCCACUGGAUGAUGAAUAUAUAUUCUAUAUAAGACUGCAAUUUCAUGCUUGCCUGAAGUUGCACCUUGAGCUUUCCUAAGGUCUGCAAUGGCUUAACUGGAGCAUAAUUAAGUUGGCGGUCUUAUAAAAGGCUAAAUUCCAAGAGCAAAGAGAUGGGGAGAAAGAGUUUCUUAGGUAAGAAAUUCCAAAAGUAUUGUUUUUAGUUAUAUGUAGUACUUUAUGAUCUAAUCCUUAAUGUGUCUCCCUAGGGAACACAUAAAUUUGAAAGCUGCCACAAGAUCGACCACUAUACAAACGAAUUAUUAUUGAGAGAAUUCCCUAAAUAGGAGUAAAAACGUUUUGAAAUUCCAAAAUAGGACUAUCAUGUUUUUUAUUCGUUGAAUAAGAGUAAAUUUCUCUAAGUUUUGCAUUACUAGGCUUUAAACAUGACAUUUUCUUCCAAACUUGGCAGAUUACUCCUAUUGAAGAGAUACAAAACAUGAUAGUCCUAUUUUGGAAUUUCAAAACGUUUUUACUUCUAUUUAGGGCAAUUUCUGAUUAUUGUUCUCUCCGUAUCAUUUUGUAAGAUCAUUUUUUUUAUUGUGUUGUCUCAAAAAUAUGAACACUUUCUUAAAUGAUUUUCCACUAACUUUUACUUUUCUACUUUAUCCGUUUAUCUAUCAUUAUAAUUUUUACUUUUGUGGAACCAUUCUUCUCUUUCUUACUUUUUAAAUGGUUAGAAUUGUAAAACAACAUUUUAUCCUUUAUUUUCUUAAAACUCGCACCAAACUCAUGUGCAUCUUACAUUUUAGGAUGAAGGUAGCAGCUCCUAAUUAUUUUCACGUACUGGAAUUUAUUCAAAUAAUUUAUUUAUGGUCUUAUUUUUGUAAGCUUAGAAGUCAUAUGAAUUUCCUAAAUUGUGUGUGUAUUUAUAUUUAUAUUUAUAUUUAUAUUUAUAUUUAUAUUUAUAUUUAUAUUUAUAUUUAUAUUUAUAUUUAUAUUUAUAUUUAUAUUUAUAUUUAUAUUUAUAUUUAUAUUUAUAUUUAUAUUUAUAUUUAUAUUUAUAUUUAUAUUUAUAUUUAUAUUUAUAUUUAUAUUUAUAUUUAUAUUUAUAUUUAUAUUUAUAUUUAUAUUUAUAUGUAUUAUUAUAUUUAUACGAGGGAUGAAUGGUACAAUGAUUUCCAGAAGAAAGAUUUUGAUUUACGUAGCAAACCAAAUUUCUAUGAUAGGCUAUGACGUACAAUGCUUUAUCUCAUGCCCCUUCCUCUCAUCUCUAGAAUAAUAUUAUAAAUUUAUGAUGAUGGUUUUUGGUUGGUCGCCUGUUGGUACAAACUCUUGGAGUCCCUGCAGAUAGUGAAAUGAAGAAAACGGAAAAGUGGAUGACAAUUUGAGACCUGUUUGGAAUGGAGACUUUGAAUUUUCAUUAACCGUUCUGGAAUCGACUCUUCCUCAAAUUGUUAUGAAUGAGUAUGAAAUGUCUGAAUUACAAAGACGGUUUCGAGCAGUUUUACUACAUGAGUUUAUUAGUAGCUUUCUAUUAAAUGAUAAUGACUCUAGAUGAGUAAAUUCAUUUAUAGAUGAGAUAUAGAUUAUUCGACUUUCCUUUGUAAUACUACCUGCUUUUUAGUGACAAAACAUGGAUGUGAGAGUGAAGCUUCUUCUUAUUCCCAUGAUUAGUUUU